AUGGCGGCUCCCACGAAGUUGACCUACGUACAGGCACCCGAGACAUCCGCCUCUCUCGACUGGGCUGACUUGAUAACACUGGACCUCUCCAAGUUCGAUCAGCCUGGCGGGAAGGAACAAUUGGCCCAAGAUCUGUCUAGGGCUCUGGAAGAGAUUGGGUUUUUCUACGUCAAGAACCAUGGUCUGAGCCUUGCCGAAGUUGACAGCCAAUUCGCCCUCGCAAAGUCUGUCCUUUCGUUGUCCAACGAGGAAAAGGCACCCUACCGAGCAGCGCUUGAACAAGGUGACUACAACGGCUGGAAGCCGGCGGGCACGCGAGACCUGAUCCCCGGUGUCAAGGAUAAUUUCGAAAUCUACAAUAUCCCCAAGUUUAUUCCUAAACACGCCAACCGCGCCCACCCGGAGAUUGUGAAACAACACUGGGAGGAAAUUGAAAGAUUCUCUAAACAUAUUCACAAUCACAUAGUCAAGAAGCUGCUCGUCAUAUUUGCUGUCGCGUUAGGCUUGCAGGACCAAGACUAUUUUGUCAACAAGCACCGGUAUGAAGAAAACAGCGGGGACCAUCUACGAUACAUGAAAUACCACUCGAGAAGCGAAGAAGAAAACCAAAAGCUGGGAGGCGUCUGGCUUAAAGGUCACUCGGAUAUGGGAAGUCUCACACUCCUCUUCCGCCAGCCCGUCGCGGCUCUUCAAGUAUUGACCAAGGAUGGAACUUGGAAAUGGGUUCGCCCGCAAACAGAUGCGCUGACGGUCAAUAUCGCCGAUGCUCUUCACUUCCUUACCAAUGGCUACUUAAAAUCCAGCAUCCACCGAGUUGUUGCCCCGCCAAAGGACCAAGCACACAUCGACCGCCUAGGCGUCCUGUACAUGGUACGCAUUGAAGACGACACAGACCUGCUGCCUAUUGAGGAAUCUCCUGUCCUUCAGCAACUGAACUUGAUUCAAGAAAAGACCCUUGAUGGAGAUGGCAAGCCAGUCAAGGCAGGGGAGUGGGUGAGGCAGAGGGUAAUCAAGAACUUAGGAUCUGCUAAGGCUGAGUCGGCGGAUAAUGAGGUAAAUGAAGUCGAGAUUGUAAAGGGUGUCAAGGUCAAUUAUUAUGAUUAA